AGAUUUUCCACAUCUAAAUCUUCUUCUUCUUCUUCUCUUCACUGCUCCGCUCUCUCUCCAUCAGUUUCCCGCGAUUAAAAACCCCAGGAGAUUUAGAAGAUUCAAUCGCUUAUUCAACUGUUUAUGAACCCUGAAAAUCAAGGUUCGGUUAUUAAUUAGUUGGAGAGUUAAUUUGGUGGAUAAAUAUGGAAGAUGUUAAGCAAGAGGAGGGGAAUUCAAGUGUGACUAAAGAAGUUACGGCUGCUGCCCCUUCAAGUUCGUCUGUUUCGGAUAGUAGUUCUGAUACAUCACUUCCUAAGCCGGCCUUUGUUAAAGGCAGUUCUCUGAUAUCGAAAAGGACAACAGGUCCAACCAGAAGGUCGAAAAAAGGGGGAUGGACGGAGUCAGAGGAUAGUAUGUUAACUGCCGCAGUCAAAACGCACGGCGGGAAAAAUUGGAAGAAAAUUGCUACUUGUUUCAAAAAUAGGACUGAUGUUCAGUGUCUCCAUCGCUGGCAGAAGGUUCUUAAUCCAGAACUCGUUAAAGGACCAUGGACCAAACAGGAAGAUGAUCUUAUCCUUGAGCUGGUUGGAAAAUAUGGCUCUAAGAAGUGGUCUAUUAUAGCACAGUCUUUACCAGGUCGGAUAGGCAAGCAAUGUCGAGAAAGGUGGCAUAACCAUUUAAACCCUGCUAUAAAGAAAGAUGCUUGGACCCAUGAGGAAGAGAUGACUCUUAUACAUUACCACCAAAUUUAUGGUAAUAAAUGGGCAGAAAUAGCAAGGUUCCUACCUGGAAGGGCUGAUAACUCGAUAAAGAAUCAUUGGAACUGCUCAGUGAAGAAAAAAUUGGAUUCAUAUUUACCUUCAGAUCUACUUAAGAUAAAUCCUGGUGUACUCAAUCAUGAAAAUGUGAGGGUUGAUACGACCAUGCAGGGUCCUGGGCGAACAUAUGCUUUUGAUACAAAAAUGUUACCAGUUAGUAGACCUGGAAAUCAUUUGGUAAAUUUAACUCUUGGAAAUUCUAAUGGUGGACGAAAUGGAGAACAAAUGCAACCUUUUCAGACCAUUGAAUCUAGAGCCUUGCAGAAACAGGUCGCAUUUGCAACAAAACCAAUCCAAGGUGCUGAUAGAAGUGCUACUGGAGGCAUUCCUCCCAAAGAUUUGAAGCUCUCCAUUUUCAGUCUUUCACCACCUGGGCAACCUUCGGAGCAUGUUACUUCAACGCCUCCUCAUUUUCUUUCCUUGGAUCCAAAUCCCUCUGAUACUAGAAAAAAUCAAGCUGUUUUUACUGAGGAUGAAUCAGCUACUACUGCAAAGAGGUUUCCCGAAACUCCUAAAAGGGCAAAAUAUUGUUCUACCCCAAAUGUGGCAUCUGAGCAUGGGGAUUACAGAGAUCAUGAUGGUAGGCAAAGCAAAGUCUUCAACGCGUCGCCAAGUCACGAUGGUACUGGUUAUGGAGGAUUGUAUUAUGAACCACCCCAGUUGACGAGUUGCGAUAUUCUCUCUGAAAAUAGUAGAUUCCUAAAUUCAAGAAGUCCAGUUUGUUCUACACCACCUAGCCGCUUGCGGAAUUUUUCUGUAGAUGCCAGUAGUCCCGAAGCUGUGUUAAGGAGUGCAGCAAAAAGUUUCAAAAAUACCCCUUCCAUCAUAAGGAAACGUGGACGUCAGAUAUGUGGCUGGGCUCCAUAUGCAUGUGAUUCUGAUGGCGCUUGCACACCAGAAGUGAGAACUCAUGGUUUCAGUGACAUAAAUGGUUUUAUGGAGUCAAGCCCACAUGCACAUAGUGGUCGAGAAGAUCUCAACAGUAGAGAUCUUCUAAAUGUCAAGUGGCUUUCUCUCUCGACUCCAAAUGCUUUGGAACAUGAAGCGGCUGCCACUGUAAAAUCUGUGCGCUUGGAACAUGCGUUUGAUAUGGAAUGUGAUGACUCCAGAGCUGUUAGGCACUCAGACACGUCUUCAAGAGACAUCAAAUCGGGCUCAAUCAGAAGUUAGUGAUUCUUGAUUCUAGAGCGAAUUGCAACUACAAAUUUCUAUUUUGUAAUCAUUGUUACGAGGAGGAUCCACCUUCACGUGGUAUUUAUUGUAAAGCGGGAUUUUUGUUGCCCUUGCUAGAAUUUUCAUGUGGUAAAGCUUCAUGCUGGACUUGCUGUCUAGCGGCAGAGCAUCCAUUAGCUAGUGAAGAUUAUGAUAGCGCAGGGUAUACGACUCAAACGAGCCCUUUUCCGAAGGAAUGGUGGUCAAAAGUUUUUGGGCAGAAACGUUUACUGUUCUAAUUUUUUAGGUCGGGACACCAAAAAGUAGUCUAUAUUUCUUAUAGAAUUAUCUUUAUUAAUAAUCUAUGUAAAUUUGUACAGACAUUAACAUUAUAAAUUAUUUUGCUAACCUUAUAUUUAUCUUUGCGUUUAUACGAAUACAAUAAAAGCAAAGAAAGGAUGCUAGAUUAUUCUUUAUGAGUUA